GAGAUGACCUUAGCGGAGCAGAAGAUAAUCAAGGACCUGGACAAGUGCGACUUCAGCGAGAUCCACAAGUACUUUGUGGACAAAAGUGAGGCACGGAAAGUGCUCCCCAAAGAGGAGAAACAGAAACUGAAGGAGGAGGCAGAGAAGAUCCAGGAGGAAUAUGGGUACUGCAUCCUGGAUGGGCACCGGGAGAAGAUAGGCAACUUCAAAACCGAGCCUCCGGGGCUUUUCCGUGGCCGUGGUGACCAUCCCAAGAUGGGCAUGUUGAAGAAGAGGAUCAUGCCAGAAGAUGUUAUCAUCAACUGCAGCAAGGACUCCAAGAUCCCUGAGCCACCAGAAGGGCACAAGUGGAAGGAGGUGCGCUGUGACAACACCGUUACCUGGCUGGCCUCGUGGACAGAGAACAUCCAGCACACUUUGAAGUACAUCAUGCUGAACCCCAGCUCCAAGCUGAAGGGGGAGAAGGACUGGCAGAAGUACGAGGUAGCUCGGCGCUUAAAGGAUGUUGUCCACAGUAUCCGUGCUCAGUACCGGAUCGAUUGGAAGUCCAAGGAGAUGAAGAAGCGGCAAAGAGCGGUGGCCCUUUACUUCAUUGAUAAGCUGGCCCUGCGAGCCGGCAAUGAGAAGGAGGAAGGUGAGACUGCGGACACCGUCGGCUGCUGCUCCCUACGUGUGGAGCACAUCAGGCUGCACCCUGAGCUGGAUGGGCAGGAGCAUGUGGUGGAGUUUGAUUUCCUUGGCAAAGACUCCAUCCGUUACUACAACAAAGUGUCCGUGGAGAAGCUGGUGUUCAAGAACCUGAAGCUGUUUAUGAAGAACAAGAACCCAGCAGAUGACCUCUUUGACAGGCUCAAUACAUCCAUCUUGAACAGACACCUCCAGAGUCUGAUGGAUGGUUUGACUGCCAAAGUGUUCAGGACCUACAAUGCCUCCAUCACGCUGCAGGAGCAGCUCAAGGCCCUCACCAACUCUGAAGACAACGUUGCAGCAAAGCUCCUCUCCUACAACCGAGCUAACCGAGCAGUGGCCGUCCUGUGCAACCAUCAGAGGUCUACACCAAAAACCCAUGAGAAGUCAAUGCAAAUCCUCCAGACGAAGAUUGAUGCCAAGAAACAACAAGUGGAGGAAGCCCAACAAGAGCUGAAGAAAGCUGAAGAUGAGUUCAAUGACACAAAAGAUGCCAAAGCAGAAGCGUGA